AUGGAACGCGCUUCCCCGCGGCACGCGAACCCGGAGGAGGAUGACGGCGACUGGGAAUACGAAUAUUCCACCACAGAGACAGAGACGUAUUAUCUCACUCUCGACUUGUCCGUCCGCGACUUCCUCGAGCGACGAACCGACGACGUGCUCCACAACACCCGAACCGGUUACCGAGUGUGGUAUAACCCGCUGUUUAACGCGGCCGAACCGCAGGCGUCUAAUGCAGACCUUCUCGACGACAAAGAUAAGGACGCCGACGAUGGAGAGCCGCCCGAGCGCGAAGAAGUCGACUUGGAUACAAUAGGCUUGCCGCAGCUGCCCGCGCAGACAGAUACCCCAAUCGACCCCCAGCUGGAGCACAACAGCGAGAAGGCUCGUCGGUCGGAGGUCCAAACAAAUGACAGACCGGAAGAACAAAUCCAGAUCUUGGACCUUCACUCCAAGCAUCCCAUUGUUUCAUACCGCAACCAUGUGUUCCGCGGCACGUGGUGUGAGAACAUCGGAACGGAGAUGAUCUUCACCCCUCACGACGAGGAUGCGCCUCUCCCAGCUCUCCGCCACCUUCCCCAGAAUAUGGAUUUGAUUGCCGCGAGUGCUUCAAGAAUCUCUUUCCAAGAGGCGACGUUGCAGCCAAAGGACCACGACAGGAAUUCAGAUCGGAUAUUCCUUGGGUUUGGCUAUUCGGAAGAGGAUAUCCCAGAGCGAUACAAGCGUAAUGGAGGCAUUUACGUUCACAUUGGCGGAGAUAAGACAGGCCAGCGACAACCACAGGCGCACUUUCUCGAGGACCUUAUCGCGCUAAAGCGCAAGCGCGGCGAGACGGACGAGGUCACCGUCCAGCCCCUCGAGACAAGACAGAACAAACUCAUGAUAGAAGACGAGGAGGAGGAACGCCGCAGGCGAAAGCUGCGGCAGGACCAUGCGCGAAACGUCAGAUGGCGCGACAAGAGGAGGGAGGAGAGAGAGCUGGGGCUGGGAUCGCCGGAGAGGAAUUACGUCCCAAGAAGAGGAAGCAGAGGCCGCUGGCCACGCCGAGUCCGGCGAGCCGCCCUCAUUCGACGGGAUACCGGACCAAUAUCGCGAUUUGCGCCCAGAACCUCUACCCCAACGCCCGCUCACUGGAGCGACAUCCGCGGUAUAUUUCUCAUCUGGCUCCUGCCGCGCGUCCUCAACCCAACACCUCCCGAUGCCGAAGAGAGGGAGCGAGACAAGCAUUGGGUCAGCACGUCGCCCAGUUGGUUUGAUCGUCAGACAUGUCGUUGGUUGAGUCUUUGUGGCAUAAGGCAUAUUCGAUGGGACGCUCCUGCGCUCGGGGAGAAUAGUGGCCCUUCGACCCUCGAAGAGCUGAAGUCGCUGGCUUUGGGGCUCAGCACCCAAUGGACCUUCGUCGAGAAAACAGGGCACAGUGAUUGGGAGACAGCACCCGCAGAGAAGGACACCAACCGCCAGAUGCAAGCAAGCGAUACCGGAAAUACUCGGAUUCUGGAGGAGGUGCCGGAUUAUGUGCUGGACCAUGCGCCGCUUGUGCACCUCUACUCCCAGGAAUACUUCUGGCCGUCCGACAUUGCCGAGCAUGUCCGCCACAUGAAGCCUUUCACUGGCGGUUCUUUGCUCAACACAAGCCAGCCUUUGAAUCUCGGUAACAUGGCAGGCCUCAACGCGGAGAACAGCACAGUGUUCUUGACUAGCGACGACGAUGUGGAAUCUAGACCAGACUGGCUCCACAGUCGCAUCGGCAUUCCUACAGGCUUCGAUGACGACGGUUCGGACGAAGGGGAUGACGGGGAAUCACCACCUUGGCGACCCGACGACGACACUAGUUGGUGGGAUGCCGACAGAGAUCAUCCGCCCCAUCGCAUUGUCCCGCCGAGGGAGUCUUUGUUCAACAGGCACCGAGAGCUCCGGAGGAAGCGUUCCAUACCCAAUGCACAGCAUCCCAUUGUCGAAUCUGCGUCUGAGGGUAGUAAGCCCGAUCCCAACGGUUACUCCAAAGGACCUGCUGUCCUCAUCCUCGUCGAUAAAGGAGCCGGUAUCGUCGAUGCCUUCUGGUUCUUUUUCUACAGCUACAACCUCGGGCAAACGGUACUCAACAUCCGCUUCGGGAAUCACGUCGGCGACUGGGAGCACUGUAUGGUUCGGUUCCAACACGGAGUCCCGCGGGCCAUGUUCCUAAGUGAACACGCAGGUGGCAAGGCUUAUCUGUGGAAAGCCCUCGAAAAGCGAACACAGAAAGAUGGCAAGCCGGCACGGCCGGUCAUCUACUCGGCAGUGGGAAGUCAUGCUAUGUACGCAUCGCCUGGCAUGCACCCCUACGUCCUCCCGUUCAAGCUGCUCAAGGACAUCACCGAUAAGGGCCCUCUGUGGGAUCCGGCACUCAAUCACUACGCUUACUGGUAUGACUAUGAGAUUGACCGGGACGAGGCCAGCAAUGCCACACUCACGAAAACCAGUCUGAUCCCAGCGGCAUCGAAUCCCGAUCUUCCUACGUCGUGGUUCCACUUCAAAGGCUACUGGGGCGAUGACGUCUACCCGUUGAGUGACCGACGUCAGUGGAGACUGUUUGGAGAGUACCAUUACAUCACGGGCCCUCUGGGCCCGAAGGACAAGUGGUUAGAGAGGAGGAAGGUGUGCCAGACAGAGAAAUGCAGGAUUGUGGAUAGCAUCGAAGCCGGGAAGAAAUCGGCCUGGUAUUAG